CUUGGCUGUACCUAUUAAUUGAUCCUACACAAACACAACACAUCCAACUCCACAGAUAUUACACUCUCUCUCUCUCUCUCUCUCUGUUCCCUUUCAAAUUUCCAUCUUCUCUCCUGAAUGUGUUCUGCUUCCCUCUCAUGACUCCCACAUCCACAGCCGCAAUGCCGCCAUCCUCUCGGCGGCGGCGCCCCUCAUUCUUGCUUCUUGCAGCUCUCCUUAUCUGCCUCUACGCCUCCCAUAUCUCUAAAGCUUCCGCCGAGGAGCAUGAUAUCGACUUAGAUGACAUCGAACGCGCCGCUGACAAGUUGAGCUUUGAGAACCCGAGCCUCCGGCGGGCCUACAUUGCCUUGCAGGCGUGGAAACAGGCCAUUUUCUCUGAUCCCUUUAAUUUCACCGCCAACUGGACUGGCCCUGAUGUGUGUUCCUACGGAGGAGUUUUCUGUGCCACCUCGCAGUCUAACUCCUCCGUCAGGGUGGUGGCCGGCAUUGACCUCAACCAUGCUGAUAUCGCCGGGUACCUGCCUGACGAGCUUGGGCUGCUCACUGAUCUAGCUCUCUUCCACAUUAACUCUAACCGGUUCUGUGGUGUGGUCCCGGAGAGUUUCGAGAAAUUGAAGCUUCUGUUUGAGCUUGAUUUGAGUAACAACCGGUUCGUCGGGGGGUUCCCGACGGUGGUGCUGUCGCUGCCGUCUUUGAAAUUCUUGGACCUCCGGUUCAAUGAAUUCGAGGGGGGUGUUCCGGCGACCAUUUUCGAUAAGGAUUUGGAUGCACUUUUUCUUAAUGACAAUAGAUUCCGGUUUGGGAUCCCGGAGAAUCUCGGGAACUCGCCGGUUUCCGUACUGGUUCUGGCCAACAACAAUCUUGGGGGGUGCAUUCCGGGCAGCAUUGGGAAGAUGGGCAGAACGCUGAACGAGCUGAUUUUGAUGAAUGAUAAUCUGACCGGGUGCCUGCCCCCGCAGAUUGGAAGGCUGAGGAAGCUGACAGUUUUUGAUGUGAGCUUUAAUAAUCUGCAGGGGCCGCUGCCGGCGGAGAUCACCCGCAUGAGGAGCCUGGAGCAGCUGAAUGUGGCGCACAACCGCCUCACAGGGGAGGUGCCGGCCAACAUCUGCCAGCUGCCGCGGCUACAGAAUUUCACUUACUCUUACAAUUACUUCACAAGGGAGGCGCCGCAGUGCAGUAGAUUUGGUGGUGGGACGGUUUAUGAUGGGCGGGAGAAUUGUAUUCCGAAUAAGAGCAAUCAGAGAUCUGCUAGAGAGUGCUCCUCGGACGCUGCUAAGCCGUUUGAUUGUAGAAAGUCUAAGUGCGGUGGCAGCGAGAGUAGGAGCCGGUCUAAGCCCACUCAUAGGCCUAGGCCGUCCACCAGGCCUUCACCACCACCACCACCCUCGUCAAAGUCUUCCCCUACUCUUAGAUCGCACCCCCCUCCUCCCAAAACCAAGUCCCACCAUGCAGCACCGCCGCCACCACCUACUCACAAAAUCUCUCCCAUAACUCGUCUUCCGCCACCUCCACCUCCACCUCCACCUCCACCACCAACUCAUGAACAAGUGACACCACAAUCGCCCCCGCCCCGACAUGAAUAUCACUAUUCACCACCACCACCACCAUCACCUCACCAUAAAUCGUCGCCUACAACGCACUAUAGAUCACCACCACCUCCACCACCUAAGAUAGAAUAUCACUAUUCUUCACCACCACCUCCACCACCUAAGAUAGAAUAUCACUAUUCUUCACCACCACCACCACCACCUAAGCACAAGUCAUCACCAGCUACACACUAUAGAUCACCACCGCCUCCACCACCAUAUGUAUACUCGUCACCUCCGCCACCACCUUACGUCUAUUCAUCACCUCCACCACCUUCACCAUCACCACCACCACCUUACAUCUAUUCAUCCCCACCACCACCACCACCUGCACCAUCACCACCACCACCUUACGUUUAUUCAUCUCCUCCACCACCUUCACCAUCCCCGCCACCCCCAUACAUUUAUUCAUCGCCACCUCCACCAUCACCAUCAUCACCUCCACCACCAUCCUCCCAGUCUACACCUCCGUCUGACUGUUCACCACCACCACCUCCCUUGCCAUCACCAGAACCACCUUACAAAUAUUCAUCAUCACCCCCUCCCUCGCCAUCACCACCGCCACCAUACAGAUAUUCAUCACCACCACCUCCCACACAACCACCACCUCCACUAGAACAUAUACCGUUGCCUCCAAUAGUAGGAGUUUCCUAUGCAUCUCCACCACCGCCAGUCAUUCCAUACUACUGAUAUCUCUUAAUGCUACCACGACAUGCCUCAUUCCCUUCAUCUCUGCACUCCUAUCAAAAUCUUCAAAGGUAUAAAGAAGAAAAAACAGGCAACUCUUCUGAUGAUAUAUGGUUUCAUUUCAAGGCGCUGCUGCCACAACAAUUAGUAUAGUCUUAGUUACUUUUCAAUUAAUAACUUUUUGGGCAUCUUUUCUUGAUUUUGUUUUAAUCCAAUGUAUUGAUCUUUUUAUAUUUAUCUAUACUAUACAAUGGGUGGGAUAAUGGGGUUAACAAGCAUCAUUUGUUCAUUUUUAUACAAGUGUCUGUUGUGUAUAAUACCAAACUUUAUUCUUUUGCCAUACCAUAUAUCUACAUAAAACAUGCUAUAUUUACGAAUAAA